AUGUGCUCCAUUGUUUUGUGUUGUUUUGUUGGGUUGUCAGCAAUCCGGAGCAAUAGUAGCAGCAAGGCAUCUCUUGCUGAGGGUGUAGAGGCAUCUGUUAUAUUGGCCAGGCUCUCAGAAAUGGGAACAAGCUUCCUUUUGUUGCUGCUCAAAUUGGCCAGGCUUUCAGAAAUGAAGAUCUCUAAAGCUCUGUUUGCUAAUUGGAUUCUAUUGAGAGAGCAGGCAAAUCAUUUUUUGUUAAAUCUUAAACUUUGUGGUAGGAAAAUUUCAGAGUUCGAUCAGCAACAGAAUUCGACAGCAUCGAGGAUGGCCGAAGUUUUAGAGGCACAUCCAAAGGUGGCUCAGGUCUAUUAUCCUGGCUUGAAAAGUCAUCCUGAACAUGAACUUGCCAAGAGGCAAAUGACUGGUUUUGGUGGUGUCGUCAGUUUUGAUAUUGAUGGCGACUUACAUACCACCAUCAAAUUCAUUGAUGCACUUAAAAUUCCAUACAUUGCCCCAUCUUUUGGUGGCUGUGAGAGUAUUGUGGAUCAACCAGCAAUUAUGUCUUACUGGUACUGCCCUUGAAUUUUCAAUAUAUUGAUUGAAAAUGUAAUU